AUGUUGCGUAACUUGCUCUCGAGUCUGGGGACUUUGUUUCUGCUGGCUGCCGUCGCCCAGGCCCAGUUCCAGUUCUUCGAGCACAUGUUUGGCGGCAAUCAGCAACAACAAGCUCAACACCAGGCCUCCCAGAAUGUCCCCAGCGACAGCGGUCGAUAUCAGAAGAUGUGGGCUCAAGCGCAAUGCAGCAACUACCUCUGUCCUGGAACUCUCGCAUGCGUUUCCGUCCCUCACCACUGCCCCUGUGCGCACCCCGAUGUUGAAGAAAAAGUUGAGCUAGGAGAAGGAAGCGCGAUCUGUGUCUCGAAGGGAGGAUUCAAGGCCGGCGAGGCUGCUCGGAAGAUCGAGCUAGCCCGCAAGGGCCUUUUGUGA